CGGGAUUACCCGCGCCGUUGGGGCAGCACCGGUUCCGCAGCCCGGGGCGGGCGGCCCGGAGGGACGAUGCCGGUGAUGAAGGGUCUGCUGGCUCCGCAGAACACCUUCCUGGACACCAUCGCCACCCGCUUCGAUGGCACACACAGCAAUUUCAUCCUGGCCAACGCUCAGGUCCGCCGUGGUUUCCCCAUUGUCUACUGCUCUGAUGGUUUCUGCGACCUGACCGGCUUCGCCCGCACCGAGGUGAUGCAGAAGAACUGCAGCUGCCGCUUCCUCUGCGGGGCUGAGACCAGCGAGCCCGUCCUGCAGCGCAUCGAGAAGGUGCUGGAGGGCAAGCAGGAGCAGCAGGCCGAGGUCUGCUUCUACAAGAAGGGUGGAGCUGCGUUCUGGUGUCUGGUGGACAUCAUGCCCAUCAAGAACGAGAAGGGGGAGGUGGUGCUCUUCCUUGUCUCCUUCAAGGACAUCACAGAGAGCCGGGGCAAGAGCCAUCCAAGUGACAGGAAGGAGGAGAAGCAGAGGAGCAAGAAACCUGGCAGCUCACACCUGCGGGCGGCACGGCGGCAGGGCAGGACGGUGCUGCACCGGCUCAGCAGCCAGUUUGCACGGCGGGACCGCGGUGAGAUGAAAAUCAAUCGGAACGUGUUUGAGAACAAACCCUCCAUCCCUGAGUACAAAGUGGCCUCGGUGCAGAAAGCCCACUUCAUCCUGCUGCACUACAGCAUCUUCAAGGCCCUCUGGGACUGGCUGAUCCUGCUGGCCACUUUCUACGUGGCUGUCACCGUCCCCUACAACGUCUGCUUCACCAGCACAGAGGACAGCCUCUCGGCCGCGCGCAGCACCAUCGUCAGUGACAUCGCGGUGGAGAUGCUCUUCAUCCUGGACAUCAUCCUGAAUUUCCGAACGACGUACGUGAGCCACUCAGGCCAGGUGGUGUACGAGCCCCACUCCAUCUGCAUCCAUUACGUGGCCACCUGGUUCUUCGUGGACCUGAUUGCCGCGCUGCCCUUCGACCUGCUCUACAUCUUCAACGUGACUGUGACCUCGCUCGUGCAUUUGCUGAAGACGGUGCGCCUGCUGCGGCUGCUGCGGCUGCUGCAGAAGUUGGACCGGUACUCGCAGUACAGCGCCAUGGUGCUGACGCUGCUCAUGUCUGUAUUUGCGCUGCUGGCCCACUGGAUGGCGUGCAUCUGGUACGUCAUCGGCCGCAAGGAGAUGGAGAGCAACGACCCGCUGACCUGGGACAUCGGCUGGCUGCACGAGCUGGGCAAGAGGCUGGAGGCUCCCUACAUCAACAACUCAGCGGGGGGGCCCUCCAUCCGCAGCGCCUACAUCGCCUCCCUCUACUUCACCCUCAGCAGCCUGACCAGCGUGGGCUUCGGCAACGUCUGCGCCAACACGGACGCCGAGAAGAUCUUCUCCAUCUGCACCAUGCUCAUUGGCGCGCUGAUGCACGCCGUCGUCUUUGGCAACGUCACGGCCAUCAUCCAGCGCAUGUACUCGCGCCGCUCGCUCUACCACACCCGCAUGAAGGACCUCAAGGACUUCAUCCGCGUGCACCGCCUGCCCCAGCAGCUCAAGCAGAGGAUGCUGGAGUACUUCCAGACCACCUGGUCGGUGAACAACGGCAUAGAUGCUAACGAGCUGCUGCGUGACUUCCCCGACGAGCUCCGUGCCGACGUGGCCAUGCACCUGAACAAGGACAUCCUGCAGCUGCCCAUCUUCGAGACGGCCAGCCGAGGCUGCUUGCGGUCGCUCUCGCUGCACAUCAAGACGUCGUUCUGUGCGCCGGGCGAGUACCUGCUGCGGCAAGGCGACGCGCUGCAGGCCGACUACUUCGUCUGCUCCGGCUCCCUCGAGGUGCUGAGGGACAGCGUGGUGUUGGCCAUCCUGGGCAAAGGGGAUCUGAUCGGCGCCGACCUGGCCGGCAGGGACCCGGUGAUCAAAACCAACGCGGACGUGAAAGCGCUGACCUACUGCGACCUGCAGUACAUCGGGCUGCGGGGGCUGCGCGAGGUGCUGCGGCUCUACCCAGAGUACGCCAGCAAGUUCGCAGCUGACAUCCACCAGGACCUCACCUUCAACCUGCGGGAGGGCAGCGAGAUGGAGGUGGGUGCGUGUCCCCCCCUGCAGGCCCUUUCUCGUCCUCGCGUCCCCAGAGCCGGGAGCAGGGCUGGGGCUCUGCGUGGCCGGGAUGGGGAGUUCGUCUGCUCGGUUCUCGCGCUCCCGAGGCUCCGCGGCUCUGCCGCCCCGUGCAGGUACGUCCCGGCGGCUUUCCUCAGCUCAGGAAGGAGGUGGGGGGAAGGCAGCCUGGACGCGGCCCCCCCGCAGGAGGCGGCCGAGUCGAGUCGUGCUGCCAGGGGGGUCCUCUGCCCACCGCCUCCCCCCUUCCUGGCUCCGGAGCAGCGGAGGCUGCGCCGUGUGUCCCCCGACACACACCGCCCCCUGGGCAGGGCGGAAGGUCGCUCCGUGCACCGAAGAGCAUUGUCCCUCACCGGGCACAGUUAUGAACAAACCGAGACGGAUGCAAGCAAAGCGCGUUGUGUCCUGCAGGAGGCCCGUGCUGCCCGUGGGAAGGGGCUCGGCCGUUUCGCCCGCUCUCCGCGCCUCUCGCAAGCGGCGUCACAGCCCCGCUCGGAAAGCGGCCCCGGCCCGGAGCAGCUUCUCCCCUGCAUCGCAGAGGACGAAGAAGAGGCGGAUGAGGUCUUCCAGCGAUCGCCCCCCGCCGUCACCCCCCUCGAACCGCUGCUGCCCCCACGUAGCAGCUCCACGCGACUCCCCGGCGCUCCUCGCGGAGACGAGCGCGGCAUCCCCACGGCGCGGCCCCAAGGGGAGGCGGGGGGCGGCGGGGGCCGGAGGGCGGCUCGUCUCCUCGGCCUCUCCCUGAACGCCACUGGAUCCCCCGAGCUCAGCCCCAGAGUGGUGGACGGAAUCGAGGACGACGGGGGAACCCGGGAGGUGCGAACCUUCUGCUUCGGUGCGGCCUCUCGGCUGCAGGGCGCGCCCAGGGGCUCCCCGCCACCAGGGACUGCGGAACGCGGCCCGGCGCUGGCGGCGGAGGUGGAGGCGGCGGAGCGCAGCAUCGUGCGGCUGAGCCGGGAGGUGCGGGGCCGCCCGGGAGUGCGGGGCCCACCCGCCCCGUCGGGGCUCACAACUUUCCGUCCCCGUUGCAGAUCGCCCACCUCAACCGCGAGGUUUCUCAGCUCGGCCGGGAGCUGCAGCGCGUUCUGGAGCUGCUCCAGGGCCGCCCGCCGCCCCCCGCGUGCCCUCGUCGUCCGCCCGGAGCCUCGUCGCCGCCGCCUCGGCCCCCGCCGGCCCCCACCGCCUCCCGGGGCUCCACCCCCUCUCGCAGCCGCUCUGUUCCCGCAGCCUCCGGCGCCCCGGGGCUGGGCACGGAGGCACCGCGCCCGCCGUCCCCCGCAGCCCCGCAGCCCGCGCCGCGCCCGCCCCGUCCCGUCCCGCAGUCCCCGACCCCGCCGCCCGCGGUGCCGCCGCGUUUCGCCCAAUCCUUCCCGGGCUGCUCGGCCCGCGCCCGCCCGCAGCCCCGCUCCGGUUCCGCCAGCGCCCGCUGAGCCGCGGGAGGGCGGAGGGACGGGGACCCCCCCCGACUCCGGAGACGCAUCCGGCACGCGGUGCGGGCUCGGGUUCGCGUCGCUCCCGGCCGCUCUGCACGGAUUUUGGUACCGGUUUUGAUACUCUCCUCGCCCACGGGGCUUUUUGUAAACCCACCCCCCGGGGCCGCACACCUCUCGUGCCCGGUGUUGGGCGCCGGCCGCCACCCGGGGCGAUGCGGGGCCGCUGCGAGCGGGGCUCGGGGGGAUGGUGGCACCCCGGACCGAUGCCGUGAAGGACCAGCGCUGCCCCCCGGGCGCUGUCCGUUGUUCUGUGCACCGGGCCGGCAUUGCCCCUCUCCCCUCUGCGCCCCUCCGGACCGCACAGACGGAACGGGAAAUAAAAGUUCUAUUUUUA